AUGGUGGGCACAACUUUGAGACCUCAAAAUCAGACAGAGAACACAACAAACAACAACACAGUGGCAGACCAAAUCUUACCAAGCAAAGAUAUCUUAAAGAUAUGCAUAUAUCUUGUCAUCUUGAUCAUGGGUGUCAUUGGAAAUGGACUUGUCAUCUUUGUGACCGGCUACAAAAUGAAGACGACAGUCAACUCUGUUUGGUUUCUGAAUUUGGCGAUUGCAGACUUCAUUUUCGUUUUCUGCUUGAUUAUCAACAUCAUUUUUACCUUCAACAAUAAGGUUUGGCCCUUCGACGACUCAGUGUGUAAAUUAACCUCAUUGGUCACAGUACUAAAUAUGUUUGCGAGCAUUUUUUUGCUGACAGUCAUCAGUCUGGAUCGAUGUCUGUGCACAUGGUUGAUUGUGUGGGUUCAGAAUAAACGAACUCUAAACAAAGCGAGAAUCAUCUGUACAUCUGUGUGGAUUUUAUCCAUCUGCUGCAGCAUCCCUGUUGUCAUGCAACGCUUUGUAAAGGAAAGUAAUGGAUUGAAACACUGUGUCUAUAAAAGCCAGAACUUGACAGAGAUUGAUGUAUUAGUGUCUCUGUUCACAUACAGGUUUCUGGUUGUUUUUCUAAUUCCCUUCUUGAUCAUUGCAUCUUCAUACAUAGCUAUUGGUGUGCGCGUGAAACGCCUUAAAAGUGAAAAGCAGCUUCGGCCUUUCAGAGUAAUUUUGUCUGUGAUUCUGGCUUUUUUCAUAUGCUGGUUUCCUUUCCAUGUUCAACAACUGUCAUACAUAAGUGCAGUGAAGUAUAACUGGAGUGAGAGUGUUUAUAAAGUAAUUAAUUCUGCAGGACCUUUUAUUCAGUGUCUGGCUUUUCUAAACAGUUGUCUGAACCCCAUUCUCUAUGUGUUCAUGUGUGAUGAGUAUAAGACAAAACUUAAAAAGUCUUUCUUGCUGGUUUUUGAGGCGGCCAUUACGGAGGAGCAUCUGCGUUACCUGACAUCACGUCGUUCUACUUCAUGCUAUUCAGAGUCACUGCAAGGUGAAUUUGGCAAGCAGACAAACGACACAACCAUCUCCUCGUCUGGAAGUUGUCAGGGGAACAAGGUUUUAAAUUCAGUCUGGUGAUGACUGAAGAUAUAAACUUGUAAACCGGAGAUGAAGGUUUCUCAAACAUUCCUCCAUUCGGUCCCACCCCAAACUGUUGCCACUGGCUGAGUCAAAGUCGGACGGUUCAAGGAAUCCAAAAAAGAGCAAUGUAUGAGGAAAUUACUUAUUUUUUAUAUUUUCCUUGCUUUGUUACACAAAAAUGUACAUUAUAAUGCUGUUUGUGCAAAUAUAUAUUUUGUUGUCUUAAAAAUCAUAAUUAUUGAGGUAACUGAUUAUUUUCUUUUUAUAACAUUGUGUGACUUUUUUAAAAAAAGAGCUGUUUUAUAUUAAAUUAAGUCUUUGUCUUUUUGUAACCUUUGCUAUCACCACUCUAAAAUAGACUAUCAGGAUGUACAACAUAACCAUUACAUAACAGAUAUAUUUAACUUAUGUAUAAUAUUGAGCUUAUUGAAUUGAUUAAAUGAAGUUAUUACACGGCCCUCUGGAAUGUUUGAUUGACCAGUGGGGACAUUCCAAGGUUUGAUAUUCCCAGAUAACAACCAUCCAAUAUUAUCUGGAUAUUAUCCACAUCUGGUACUGUGAGACAUCUUGACAAUUGCAGUUCAUUGUCCAUUAAACAUAUUCUCAUAAUAUAUAAUAUUUCAUUUACAACUGAGUAAACCAAAUGCACAAAUGAUUUUGUUUACAGUGCGCAAUGUAAAAAACACAUUAUUUUUCACACU